AUGACACGACGAUUUCGCAAUGAAAAUGACUCGACUGUUGUGGUUGAAGAACGGUGUAUGAAGCAAUUGCGAUGCGAUCGAAGAGGACAAGACGAUAAAAGCUGGCGAUCAAUACUGGAAAAAUUACAUUAUUGCCUAGACAACGAGACCGAGGAAGAUGCGCUCGUGUGGCUUGACAAUGGCACACAUUUUCUCGUACAACAGACACGUGAAGUUCGACUAGCAAAACGACUGGGACUACGGGUCUGCACACUUCAUCAGAUGCUUGAGGCAUUCAACUUUAAGUAUCAGGAAGACGGUGACCAGCGCGAGUACACCAUUUAUUAUCACGAGUGCUUUAUUCUUGGGCACCCGGAAAAGAUUGAGCAGAUAUUGAGUCACGACAUGCCUCGAUUCAGCACUGACAAAGACGUUGAGAUGCCACAUGUUGCCUACAGCUCGGCAUUAAAACCACUGGAGGUUAGACUAAGUCUCCCAGAUACAAGCUCACAAUCUUACGAGGUCACUAUUGCACCCAGUGUGUUGCCCUGCCCAACUUUUGACGCCGCAGACGUUUUCUUCUAUCGCGCAAAUCGAAGUGUUGGAAACGCCAGCUUUGAUGAGUCAAGCGAGUGGAGUGACCACGAUGUGACUUCACCACUGUGGUGGUCCCAACGAAGCGACUUUUCGAGCAUCUGCACAGACGAUCUGUCAGACAUGGAUACGCUCUCGCAGAUUAGCGCGUAUUAUGCGUAG